AUGUCUCGUAAUUUUACGACCCAAAUUCAAUCACCAAAGCUCAAAGACUCUUCGUUGUUACGUCAAAGUGCUUUUAUAAAUAAUGAAUGGGUAAAAGCAAAGUCUGGACAAACUUUCUCGGUGAUAGAUCCCGCAACUGAGAAUGAAAUUGGUAAAGUUCCCGAGAUGAACGUCGAAGAUACCAAAGAAGCUAUCAUGAUAGCAAGCAAAGCUUUUAAUGAAUGGGCGAAUUUAACCCCAAAGAAUCGACAUGAUUACCUUUUAAAAUUACAUUCCCAAAUCUUGGAAAAUCAAAACGAUCUCGCCUCUAUCCUUACUCUUGAGAAUGGUAAAAUAUACGCUGAAGCUUUAAAUGAAAUCAGAUAUGGGGCAAGUUUUGUUGAAUGGUUUGCACAAGAAUCUAGGCGCGUUUAUGGUGAUAUAAUACCAUCAAGUUUAAAAAAUCAUAAAUUUGUGGUAGAAAAGCAACCAAUUGGAGUUGUUGGAAUAAUUACUCCUUGGAAUUUUCCAAAUGCCAUGAUUACGCGUAAAGUAAGCGCCGCGUUAGCGGCUGGAUGCACCGUUGUGAUAAAACCUGGAGCAGAAACACCAUAUUCAGCUUUAGCUUUUGCUGAAUUGGCCAUAAGAGCGGGAUUUCCGAAAGGGGUUAUUAAUGUCGUGACAACUGAUAAAUACGUUAAAGAAAUCGGGUUAGAAAUUUGUACCAAUCCAGUGGUGAAAAAGAUUUCCUUUACUGGCUCGACAGCAGUCGGUAAACUUUUGAUGGAACAAUGUUCUAGUACAUUAAAGAAAGUUUCUUUGGAAUUAGGAGGGAACGCACCAUUUAUCGUAUUUGAUGAUGCUGAUAUAGAUUCAGCUGUUGAAGGUGCAAUUAAUUGCAAAUUCCGUUCAUCUGGUCAAACAUGCAUUUCUCCAAAUCGUAUUUACGUACAAUCUUCAAUUUAUGCUGAAUUUGCAUCUAGACUGGCGGAUAAAGUUAGUGGAUUCAAACUAGGAAAUGGAUUUGAUACAAACACAACUCAUGGUCCUUUAAUCAAUCAAAAUGCGAUAAAGAAGGUAACAAGACAUGUUGAAGAUGCUGUGGCAAAAGGUGCUGAAAUCCUCGUAGGAGGUACAAAACAUACAGGAAACUUCUUUUAUCCUACAGUUCUUACCGGCAUGAAUAAAGAAAUGGUCAUUACCUCUGAGGAAACUUUCGGUCCCGUGGCUGCAUUAUAUAAAUUUGAAACAGAAUCGGAAGUCAUUAAUCUGGCCAAUGAUAGUAAUUCUGGUUUGGCGGGAUAUUUUUAUAGCAAAGAUAUUGGAAGAUGUUGGCGUGUGGCCGAUGCUCUAGAAGUUGGUAUGGUUGCUGUAAAUACCGCAAUUAUCGGUACUUGCGAAGCUCCAUUUGGUGGUAUUAAAGAAUCAGGAAUAGGUCGUGAAGGUUCCAAAUACGGUAUCGAGGAAUUCAUCAAUAUUAAAUAUAUUAAUUUUGGUGGAUUACAAAAAAACUCGACGAAUCAUUUUAAACUUUAG